UAACCCUGGGCGACAAGCUAGCUAACGUACGUUAUAUCGAUCAUACUCGCCCGAUUCCAAAGUAAAGUAUCUAGAGCUCAAAUACUUCUACUUCACCGAUGCUACCCCCGACAUAUUCAUGUACCCCAUUAUUCAUUUUCUUCACGUCCCCAAGAUAUCGAUAAUUACUACUCAUCAUGGCAAAUCCUCGGUCCGAUUUGGCAUUAACUGGAGGAAUAACCACCAUAGUUGUGUUGUUUAUUGUCUCAAUCUUUAAUGUUCAUGGAGUGCAGGGAUCUAUAGGAGUGAACUAUGGCACGGUGGCUAAUGACCUACCGCCACCGUCCCAAGUCGCGCACUUCCUUCUACAAUCCACCAUCAUCAACCGUGUUAGGCUCUUCGACACCAACCCUCAGAUACUCCAAGCCUUUGCUCAUUCAGGCAUUCCACUAACAAUCACUAUCCCCAAUGACCAAAUCCCCCACUUCACCAAACUAAGGUUUACUCAAAAUUGGCUCAAAACCAAUGUCAUACCUUACACCCCGGCCACCAACAUAGUCCGCAUAUUAGUAGGAAAUGAAGUACUCUCCACCACUAACAAGUUGUUCAUUGGGAACCUAGUCCCUGCCAUGCAAACCCUUCACAUGGCACUUGUAGAAGCAUCCUUAGACCGACAAAUCAAAGUCUCUACCCCGCAUUCUCUAGGCAUUCUUUCAAGCUCAAGCCCACCAUCCUCAGGUAAGUUUAGGCAAGGCUACGACACCCAUGUACUUAAACCACUACUCACUUUCUUGAGAGUCACCAAGGCUCCUUUCAUGAUUAACCCGUAUCCCUAUUUCGGAUACUCGGCCGACACGCUUGAUUACGCACUUUUCCGGCCAAAUACCGGUGUGGUUGAUCCCAAUACUAAACUCCUAUACACCAACAUGUUGGAUGCACAAUUAGAUGCUAUAUAUUCAGCUUUAAAGAUAGUGGGCUUUUCGGAUCUCGAAAUUGUUAUAGCUGAAACGGGUUGGCCUUCCAAGGGUGAUGCCGGCCAAGUUGGCGUUGAUCCAAACAGCGCAGCGGACUACAACCAAAAUCUCAUUCGUCACGUGACAUCCGGAAAUGGCACCCCACUAAUGCCAAAUCGGACAUUUGAGACUUACAUCUUUGCUCUCUUCAAUGAAAAUCUCAAGCCUGGCCCAACAUGCGAGAGAAAUUUCGGGCUUUUCCGACCUGACAUGACACCGGUAUACAAUGUCGGCAUCCUCCGGCACACGGCUAGUUCGUCUAUAUCGGGAAAUGGAAGCCCAAACCCACACCAAGCGCCAUUGCCACCACAUGGAGGGAAACAAUAUUGUUUGCCUAAAACGGGAGCUGACAUAGAGGCCUUACAGAAGAAUAUUGAUUACGUUUGUGGGCUCGGAUUAGACUGUGGCCCAAUUAAACAAGGUGGGCCGUGCUUUAUGCCCAACACAGUGAGAGGUCAUGCAGCUUAUGCCAUGAACAUGUACUAUCAAGCAAUGGGAAGGAACAACUAUGAUUGCGAUUUUGAGCAAACAGGAGCCACCACCACUGCUGAUCCAAGUUAUGGAAAAUGCAAGUAUUGAUGAUGGAGAACAAUGCAAUGCAUUACAGAAGAUACCCCAUAAUGUUAAUAGCUCUUUCUGUUUUUGCUAUGUAUUAUAUUCUAUAGACAUUAA